AGCUCCGGCUUCUCGCGGCCACCCUGCCUGCCCCCAGCCCCGACCCUUCGGGCUUCCCGUACCGGACACAGCGCCUCGACUCUCCGGGGCCGUACCGAGGCCACAGACAGCACCGCAGGGUGUGGGGCGGAUCCAGGAGAUGAAAUGACAACGUCAACCCUCCAGAAAGCCAUUGAUCUUGUGACGAAAGCUACCGAAGAGGAUAAAGCCAAGAACUACGAGGAGGCCCUCCGGCUCUACCAGCAUGCCGUGGAAUAUUUCCUGCACGCCAUCAAGUAUGAGGCACACAGUGACAAGGCCAAGGAGAGCAUCCGAGCCAAGUGCAUGCAGUACCUGGACCGGGCGGAGAAGCUGAAGGAUUAUUUACGGAACAAAGAGAAGCAUGGCAAGAAGCCGGUCAAGGAAAGCCAGAGUGAGGGCAAAGGCAGCGAUAGUGACAGUGAAGGGGAUAAUCCAGAGAAAAAGAAAUUGCAAGAACAACUGAUGGGUGCUGUCGUGAUGGAGAAGCCUAACAUUCGGUGGAAUGAUGUGGCUGGGCUCGAGGGGGCCAAGGAGGCCCUCAAAGAAGCUGUCAUUUUGCCAAUUAAGUUCCCACACUUGUUCACAGGCAAGCGCACCCCUUGGCGAGGGAUACUGCUCUUUGGACCCCCUGGCACAGGGAAAUCCUACCUGGCCAAAGCUGUGGCCACAGAAGCCAACAACUCUACCUUCUUCUCUGUGUCUUCCUCGGAUCUGAUGUCUAAGUGGCUGGGAGAAAGUGAGAAGCUGGUAAAGAACCUGUUUGAGUUGGCCCGGCAGCACAAGCCCUCCAUCAUCUUCAUCGAUGAGGUGGAUUCCCUGUGUGGGUCCCGAAACGAAAACGAGAGUGAGGCUGCCCGCAGGAUCAAAACAGAGUUCCUGGUCCAGAUGCAGGGGGUGGGAAACAACAAUGAUGGGACUCUGGUUCUUGGUGCCACAAAUAUCCCAUGGGUAUUGGAUUCAGCCAUUAGGAGGAGGUUUGAAAAGCGAAUUUACAUCCCGUUGCCAGAGGAAGCUGCCCGGGCCCAGAUGUUCCGGUUGCAUUUGGGGAGCACACCCCACAGCCUCACAGAUGCCAACAUUCACGAGCUGGCCCGGAAAACGGAAGGCUACUCGGGUGCAGACAUCAGCAUCAUUGUGCGGGACUCUCUCAUGCAACCCGUUCGCAAAGUACAGUCGGCAACACACUUCAAGAAGGUCUGUGGCCCUUCCCGCACCAACCCUAGCGUUAUGAUCGAUGACCUCCUGACCCCGUGCUCACCAGGUGACCCAGGGGCUAUAGAGAUGACUUGGAUGGACGUCCCUAGUGACAAACUUUUAGAGCCUGUGGUUUGCAUGUCAGACAUGCUCCGGUCUUUGGCCACCACUCGGCCCACUGUGAAUGCCGAUGACCUUCUGAAAGUUAAGAAGUUUUCAGAGGACUUUGGACAAGAGAGUUAAAAGCUUUUUCACCUGGUGACGGUGGGAGGCUGACUGGGGAAAUCCACAGUACUCCCCAUGCUGGUAGCCAGACAGCUUC